AUGACGCCCCUUUUCACAUUGGUCGUGGGACUCAUCCUGGCAUCCAUAUCCACAUCGACCCCAAUUAAACCAACAAGCCGUGCAGAUUCACGUCAAGUCCGUGAUGCAACGUUUGACUACGUUGUUAUUGGCGGCGGUACUGCGGGGAUGGUCAUAGCCACCACCCUAGCUCGAGCAUCCUACUCGGUCGCGCUGGUCGAAGCAGGUGGGGUUUACGAAGACGAUAUUGGCGAUCUCGGCACAACGCCCGCUUUUGCGAUUUAUGGGGCUGGCGCAAGCCCGGACGAUGUGCUCCCCGCAGUGGACUGGGGGUUUGUCACUACCCCACAAGCGGUGCGUGAUGUCUACAUGCUUCUGCUGCUUUUCAUGGUUACUUCGCUGAUGAACGACAGGGUCUCAACAACAGGAGGUUGCAUUAUGCCCGCGGCAAAACGCUCGGUGGCAGGCAUUUCUGCAAGAAACUACUUCACCUAUCAACGACCGACGGUCGAAGCGCUUGAUAGAUGGGCUUCAAUUUUAGACGACGCAUCGUACAGGUUCGACAACUUCCUUCCAUUUUAUAGGCAAAACGUAAAUUACACGCCCCCAAAUAAUGCUAUUCGGCCAAGCAAUGCAUCGGUCCCGCCAGCAACGAGCGCGUUCACGGCAGGAUCCGGACCGCUACAUGUUUCUUUCUCAGAUAACUGGGUGAAUCCUGUGUCGUCGUAUUUUAAAGCUGCAUGGGAGGAACUCGGCCUACCAGUAGCCAACGACUUUGUCAGUGGAAUUCUUUCUGGCGUCCAAUACUCGGCCAACACCAUCAACCCAGAUGGAAAUACCAGGACAAGCUCAAAUGCUUUUCUUAGUGGUAUGGAGGAUACCAGUAACUUGAGUAUUUACGCCCGUACUCUCACGAAACGCGUCUUAUUUGAUGGGACUCUGGCUGUUGGGGCGGUUGUCGAUCGCAAUGGCUCAGAAGUGGCUUUGAUGGCAUCAAAAGAAGUCAUUAUCUGCGCUGGGACAUUUCAAUCACCACAGCUGCUCAUGGCCUCAGGGAUUGGACCUCACGAGACGUUGAAGCGAUUCAACAUCACAGUCGUGUCUGAACUCGAAGGUGUUGGCCAGAAUCUGGAAGACCAUCUCCUUUUCGGAGCCAGCUAUCAUGUGACGCCAAUAACACAUUCUGCGCUAUCAAAUGCAACCUUUCUCGCCCGAGCAAUGAGUGAAUACGCCAAAAACGGCACAGGAAUCCUCAGCAAUCCCGGCGGCGAAGUUCUCGCAUGGGAGAGACUGAAUCCAACAGCGGAAGGCCUCAGCGACUAUGCGCGCGAUGCUAUCAAGUCCCGAACUCCAGACUGGCCAACGUUUGAGUUCCUCAUGCUAGAUGCGUACAGCGGCAAUAACCAAAAUUACAUCACGGGCGCGCCAGAUACGCCAUUCAUGUAUGCGUCGCCGGCGGGUGCUAUAUUGGUUCAGCAAAGCCGCGGUAACAUUACGAUCAGUAGCAUUGACACAGCCGUGCCUCCUGUUAUCAAUCCAAAUUGGUUGACGCAUCCUGCAGACCAAGAAUUAAGUCUUCUGGCCUUCAAGCGGUUACGCGAGAUGAUGAACACAGAUGCGAUGAAAGGCGUAUGGGUGGAAGAAGUGCUGCCUGGACUGAACGUUAGUAGUGACGAAGGAAUACUUGACGCGAUUAGAGAGACAGCCAUCCAGCUCUUCCACGCUGCUUGCACAUGCAAGAUGGGAAAAUCACCGGAGUCUGGCGCAGUGGUCGAUGCGCGAGGGCGUGUUUUUGGAACGCAAAGCCUGCGUAUCGUCGACGCUUCGGUGUUGCCGUUUCUCCCACCGGGACAUCCACAGGCUACUGUUUAUGCCCUUGCGGCGAAGAUUGCGAAGGACAUUAUAGACUUGCGUGGAUAG